CACACUUUGGAUGAGGCGUACACUUGCACUUGCAAAUCUGGCGAUGCGAUUUGAUUAGAGCAGAGGGAGUGAGAAGAGAAAGGGAUUAAAGGAGAAUUUGGGGAUUGGGUUGUUAAACCGUCACUCCUGAUCCCUGCAGCAUGCACCAUCUGUAGGUGCCUCAGACUGAGUAGUUACAAUUAGUCAGACACGAGGAUUUGUGAAACUUCUGUGUGUCUACAGAUUUGCGUGACAUGGAAGCAGCCACCAAAGGCGCAGAUGAAAGUAUUCCCAAACUAGUCUUCUCUCAUACUGGGCAAGAAACAGCAGAGCAGGGAGGCACAUUACAUAUGGCUUUGUAAUUGGACAGAGGAAAACACUCAGCAAGACUUACAAUGAAGUCACAUUUCAUGUUUGAUCUCUGUAGCCUCGUUCUUCAGCCCCCUUUGAUUAGAAUCCAUAAAAGAAGAGCAGAUUUGAUGCGUAUGUUGAGGGACAGCAUGGGUAAUGUAAUGCACUGUAGUAUGAUAAGGGCUUAGUGGGGCAAGACUCAGAGGAGCAUAUCACUUUAAUCAGAGCCACGCGAAAACCAGGUCAAUCUGCAAUUAACCCCAGCAGGUCUUAUGGUCACUGCCUAAUUCAAACCACAUUGCUAUACUGUCAUAUUAACAGUGUUGCACAUUUCUGAAAGAGAAAAGGGUUACAGUGGUCUCCUGUACAGUUUUUCCAUCAUGAGCUAAUUAAAAAGCAUGGAUCUCCAGCUGAGACAAUUUUGAGAUGCUAGUAAGUCUGCGCCUCACCAGACAGGUGAAAAUCAAUGUGACCAAAUCAACAGCACCAGGAAAUGAUCAGUAUUGCUUCGCCUUUUUUUUUGGUUGGGUUUCUAAUGCAGACACGUUUUCUGUUGCACUGCUAUACGACUUGUCAUGACGAUGGAAAGCUGGAUGAGGUUUUGUAGUCGACCAAACAUUUCUGGGGCCUCACAGAAAAACAGCGAUGCAGCACUCCUCUGAACAACUGAAGAAGAUGGGGACUUCCUUUUAAAACAUCAAAACAAAAUCUGGCUCCAUGGCUCCAUACAGCUCAUUCUGUGUAAUAAAAGUCUCCAGAACCUCAAGAUCCCAAGUUUAUUUGAAACAGAACCUAAAAAAGUGUAUAUUUAUACCCUGACAUGUGGUCGAGCUUGUGGACCUACUUCAGAUUAAUCGCUUUUAGGUUUCAGUUCAGAUUUCAGCUUUAAAAUGGGUGCAAACAGUGUUUCUUCAAAUCAGUUCUGGGAUCUUGGAUGUUAGAUGUGGAUUAUGCCCGGCAAGUUGUAUGAGGCAAUUUUAUGUUUAUUUUCCUGUUGUGAAAGAAGUCCCCAGCUACAUCUGUUGUUUACAGUCUUUGAAACUAAGGGUGAGUAGAUGAAGACUGAAUUUUAAUUCUUAGGAGUUAUCCUUUAAAUAACCCUCGCUAAUCUAGAGAGCAAGCAAAUAUUAGAACUACAAUAAGAACCAGAUACAGUGCAUCAAAGAAUAAGACAAACACGUCAGCCCCUCUGUCCCUCUGAUAUUCAUGCAUUCUUGCUCAAAGAUAAAAUGAGCUGCAUUAGUUGCACCUGAGAAGUCUGGAGCAGAGGGGAGGUUUCACACAUUCAAUCAGCCCCUUGUCAUGAUGACGAUCCUAUUAGCCCUAAUGAAAGGUCUCAGCUCUAACGACUGCACUGUGUCUCCCUGCGGAUCCUCGCGUCUCCGUCACUCUGCACAGUGUUUUUGUGUCACAGUGAGAUGUCUUGUUUUGUUCUGCUGGCUGUCUCCUCUUUGUUUCAUCUGCAGCUUUUAUGGAGUGUUGUCUUAUUUACUCUGUCUGUAUCUUUUUUUUCCCCACGCAUCAUUGUAUCCAUGGUUGAUGGUCUCAUAAUUUAACUGCACUCACUUUAUAGUUUUAUAGUCCUAGAUAGUGGGACCGCCACAUACAUGGUAGCUCCUCCGUGAACAGGAAGCUGUUGAAGGAAUUGUUUGAUAGAGUAGUAGAGCUGGACUCCACCUCUGCGAUCUGUCAGCCUGCGUGAAGAUACGGCAUGGUUUGUGAUAAUAAAAACACAGGUGGUUGAUGUGUGCUUUGGACGUCUUUCUGCAUUGCUGCACAGAGAGAGUGACAAAGAAGGAUCAGCAGACGACAAGACACCUCUAGCUGCAGUCAGAGGAUUACUACUUCCACACCUAAAGCUACAUCAGCUGGUUGCUGCCUGCCUGCAACGUGAGGCUCGCUGAUCCUUUCUGUAUGUUCAGAGCACACAGUGGGAGAGCCUGUGGAUCUCGUCUUGAACUUUUUUUUUUUCCCCCACUGCAAAACUUUGCCAGUCAUGGUUGCAGUGAGCAGGGAUGCAGCUUUACCUCAGGUGUCACAGUGGGACUCGGUCAGCUGUCUGCAGUUUGACAGAGGCACAGUAGUCAGAGAGCGGGUUUAAUCCGAACCUGUUGAAGUCAGUCGAGCCAAAUCGUCUUUUGAAGCCGCAGGACGUCGGUCUGCGGAAAGUUAAAGAUGGCUAAAAAUCAUCGCAGCCACUUCGGUGCUCCGGUGGUGACAAAGGCACGCUGGAAGAAGCCCAGCCAUACCACAGAUUUAUUUGAAAUGAUUGAAAAGAUGCAGGGAAAAAGGAUGGAUGAGCAGAGGUGCACCUUUCCUCCCCCACUCAAGACUGAGGAGGAUUACAUUCCAUACCCAAGUGUCCACGAGGUGCUGGGCCGAAAAAGCCCCUUUCCUCUCAUCCUCCUGCCGCAGUUUGGGGGUUACUGGAUCGAAGGGACAAACCACGAUCUGAGUGAAACGGCGGACACGGAACAACUGCAGCCUCUGUCCCCGAACACCCGCACCAAACUGGAAUGUAACACGAUGGCAACAAUCUACAGAAAACACUUCCUGGGCAAGGAACACUUUAAUUACUAUUCAGUGGACGGUGCCCUUGGACAUCUGGUGUUCUCUCUAAAGUACGACGUGAUCGGUGACCAGGAACAUCUCCGUCUAAUGCUCAGGAACAAGCUGAAAACCCACCACGAUGUGAUCCCAAUCUCCUGUCUGACAGAGUUUCCCAACGUGGUACAGAUGGCCAAACUUGUCUGUGAAGAGGUCAACGUGGACCGCUUUUUUCCUGUCCUUUAUCCAAAAGCUUCAAGACUAAUCGUCACCUUUGACGAACAUGUGAUAAGCAACAAUUUCAAGUUUGGGGUCAUUUAUCAAAAAUUUGGACAGACUUCAGAGGAAGAGCUGUUUGGAAACAGUGAAGAGAGUCCUGCCUUUGUAGAAUUCCUGGAGUUUCUGGGAGAGAAAAUUGAGCUGCACAACUUUAAAGGUUUCCGCGGAGGGUUGGACGUGACUCACGGGCAGACUGGCACCGAAUCUGUCUACUGCAACUACCGCAACAAAGAGGUCAUGUUCCAUGUGUCCACAAAGCUGCCUUAUACAGAAGGGGACACCCAGCAGUUGCAGAGAAAGCGGCACAUAGGGAACGACAUCGUGGGCAUCGUAUUCCAAGAGGAAAACACUCCCUUCGUCCCCGACAUGAUCGCCUCCAACUUUCUUCACGCCUACAUUGUGGUCCAAGUGGUCAACCCCUGCUCUGACAAUGUCCUCUACAGGGUGUCGGUGACAGCGCGGGAUGACGUACCUUUCUUUGGCCCCGCCCUCCCGAACCCUGCUGUCUUUAAAAAAGGCCCUGAAUUCCAUGAAUUCCUUUUUACUAAGCUCAUCAAUGCAGAGUAUGCCUGCUACAAAGCUGAGAAGUUUGCCAAAUUAGAGGAACGAACGCGGUCCGCCUUGUUAGAAACCCUUUAUGAGGAGCUCCACGUGAAUAGCCAGGCCAUGAUGGGCGUUGGAGGAGAGGACGAUAAACUGGAAAAUGGGAGUGGAGGAGGAGGGGGCUUCUUUGAGUCCUUCAAGCGGGUGAUCCGCAGCAGGAGCCAGUCUAUGGAUGCCAUGGGUCUUACUCUCAAGAAGCCACACACAGUCUCCACUAGCCUCAGUGGCAGCUUUAACCACGACACCACAGAGACCCCCAAAUUCCCAGGGAUAUCAUUGCUUGUCCCAGGCAAAAGUCCCAGUAAAUAUGGACGUCGAGGCAGUGCCAUAGGGAUAGGAACAGUAGAAGAGUCUUUGAUUAUCCCCGGGAAAAGCCCGACUAGGAAAAAGUCAGGUCCUUUCAGCUCCAGGAGAAGCAGCGCUAUCGGUAUUGAAAACAUUCAAGAAGUCCAGGAGAAGAGCAGUAGAGAGAGUUCCCCAAAUACCCAGAAGACCCCUGACAGCGGGCACAUCUCCCAAGACCCCAAAUCUGACAACUCGUCCAAUCAGAGCUCUCCUGAGGUGCUCACAACUGCAAAGAACAGUUCUUAUCUCGGUGGCAGGGCCCCAUCCAUCCCCGAGGGUCAAGACCUCUCCCGCUCCUCCUCCAACGCCAGCAGCUUCGCCAGUGUGGUGGAGGACAACGAGACAGAGGCCACAGAGGACUACGACACGGGCAUGGAGAGUCUGUCGUCGGCCGGGACGCCACACAAGCGGGACUCCCUCACCUACAGCACCUGGCUGGAGGACAGCAUCAGCACCGCUAGUACCAACAGUCGUGGUAACUCCCCAGGACCUGGUAAACCUGAACGAGGGAAGGGAACCGACAUACGUAUCAAACUGGAACGACCACACGAUCAUCAGUCCUCAUCAAACUGUUAGCUCCACCUACCUGGUUGUAUCCUGGAUCUCCAUCUUCAGCAUUCCCAUAAGUCACAAUCCCUCUGGGAGAUGAGACAAGUGCAGGCGUUCGCCACGGCCAAUGAUGAGAAGGAGGAAGAUGAGAAAGAAGAGAAGAAACGUGUGGAGCCGGGCCAGCCUGCUGCUCAGUGAGGGCCAGAGUGCAGCAUAUCCAGAAACCUGGAGGACACAGGAGAGGAUGACGCACAGAGGGGGGCCAGCUUUUGCACAGUGUUGUUUCCUUCCACUCUUUUCUUUGCCUGUUCACACAUCUGUUGCCUAGUUGUAUGGGUUUUUUUUUACCACACCCCUUGUUUCAAAAGUGCACAUUUUUAUCUACAAAUUGAAUAGUUUUAUUCGUAGACAAUAAAACGUUUGAUUAGCUUGUCUUGUUGAAGCCCAGGUACGUUGGAUAUUCAGGGUAAAGACCGUGCCAUCGAGCGCUUUAGAGAGAUUGUGAGAAUCCCCCAUCCUGCAAACAAAUCAAAAAGGUAUCUGGCUCAUUAAAGAUCCCUUAUAUUAGAAAAAUACCAAAUAUUCAGCAUCAAAGGUGGCUAUUUUCUGACAAAACAUCUAAUGUGACAUGACAGUGCUCUGUUUGAUGCUGUCAAACAUAAUUAUUUUUCUGUGUAAAAUCCAAGUUGAAGGACUGUAUAGUUACAGCAAAACAAUUGUACUCUUUUACCAGUCAAAUCCCCACAAAGUUAGAUUCCAAACUGACCACAUGUCACAGUGAAGAGAGGAAAUGUAUUGUAGAAAACAUGAAAUGGCCUUAAAACUUAAUCAUGCAAUUUCUUUGUCCCUCAGAUGUAUUUUUACCUAUUUUUUUUUAUCACGUGUUCUGCAGCCAAAAAUGGGAUUGCAGCAUAAGAUUAAAGCUAAUAUAUUCAGAAUCAUUUUUUAAGCACACUAGUUUUUCUGGUGCAAUGCAGUCAUACUUCGGCAUUGUCUGUAUAGUCUGCUAAUGUAUGGAUAUAUCCACCGAUGUCUGAUUAAACUGCUUUGUCUGUCUUGUCUGUUGGUGAGGAGACCAAUUCUCUACACUAUGUUCUGAGUUGCUUUAGUCUCUCUAAUAUGUGUUUUUAUUUAUUGAUUUGGUUCAUGUUGAAGUUGUAUUUAUGGCAUACAUCUGCUAUACUGUACUUCUAUGGUGACUACAUUCAGCAUCCUGUCAUAUGAUUAAAACUGUAAGUGUUGCUUUUCGAGUAAAUUAUAAUGUUGUCAUCUGUGAAGCUCUAUUUCAAGGGUCUGAUCUCUUUCAGUGCAGUAAACUUGCAAUGCAAUUAUAAUACAACAGUGAAUAUUUAUUUGCUUGUAAAGUGAGAAAACGACUCCAAAUACAACUACUGAUUUUGUAUAUAAUUUAGAUAUUUGGUUGGAGCACAUAGUGUAUAAUGUAUAGGCCUUUGAUUUAAAAUGGGAUCAGCCAAUGCAUUGAAAUAACUGCCAAGUUAACAAUUUAUCGUUUUAUUUCACGUACCCUUAUUUUAAAUAUUUUUCAGAGGGUUUUGUAGAAGAAAAUGAUUUUAAAAGCUCUUCAGACUGUAUAUGUAAAAGGGAAAUCUCACAGUACAUCCUGCUGAUCAUUUCAGUUGCCUUAUCAUCACAAAAUGAUGGUGUAAGUAUAGAUAGUAAAGCAAACAGUUAUUAGCCAGCAGGAUUUACAAUGAAAUGAAUGUUUUGUUUUUGUUGUUUUUAUUGUAAAUAAAUGCCCUGAGAACUUUA